AUGGUCACCGUCCCCCUGUCGCCCAAUUCAGAACGCGCCCGCGAACUCUCCCAGGUCGAUCUCGCGCGUCCCGACUGGCAGUCCCAAGACGCCCCUCACACGGCCAUCGCCGUCACCGCCCCCUCCGAGUCCGCCCCUGACGACGACGCCAAGACCCUCCUCGAGCCCGUCGCCUACCGGGCCUCCGCCGCCUCCUCCAUCCGAUCCCGCUCCAGCGACGAGAUCCCCCGCAGUGAAGUCGACUGGGAGGAAUUGGACCGCACCGAAGAGCAGGAGCCGCGGGGGGACAGCUCCGAUGAGUCCACCGCCCUCCUCCUGGCCCGCCUGGAGCAGGAAAACAACGCCCUCGCGACCAACCCCAAGUCCGGCAUGGCCAACGUCCAGGCCCAAUACGCCCAGCGACAGUCCCGCUCUCAGUCCCUGCACCAGAUCAAGCGCCUGAUCGAUGAGGACCCGAACUCCUCCCUGCGCUACUCCCAGCUGGCCCCGCCCCCGAUGACUGAACUCGAGUUCUGGGCCGCCCUGGUCGCCGAUUACUCGCAAACCGCCCACCGGUUGCCCACCCUGACCACCAACAAGAUCCGCGGCGGUGUCCCCGCGCCGUUGCGGGGGGUGGUCUGGCCCAGUUUGGCUGGUGCCCGCGAUUCCACCCUUCUGUCCGAAUAUCAGCGUCUCUGCGGCGAGUCGAGUCCUUAUGAGGGGCUCAUCGGCAAGGAUAUCGGUCGUAGCUUUCCCAACGUCGAGAUGUUCCGCGAUCCCAACGGUGAGGGACAGCAGAUGCUGGGACGCGUCUUGAAGUGCUUCAGUCUGUACGACAGCCAGAUUGGCUACUGCCAGGGGCUGGGGUUCGUGGUGGGGCCGUUGUUGAUGCACAUGACUGAUGCAGAAGCUUUUUGCGUCUUGGUUCGAUUGAUGGACCACUACGAUCUGCGCACAUGCUACCUCCCCGACCUAUCCGGUCUGCAUCUGCAUGUCUACCAGUUCCAGAAUCUCCUGUCGCGCCUGCGACCCGCGCUCUUCGCCCACCUGGAGGCCCUCAACGUCGAGCCCGUCUACGUCUCCCAGUGGUUCCUGUCCUUCUUCGCCGUGUCGUGUCCCCUCCCCAUGCUGCUCCGCAUCUACGACGUCAUCUUCCUCGAGGGCGCCUGCGAGACGCUCAUGCGCGUGGCUCUAUCGCUGAUGCAGCGCAACGAGAAGCGCAUUCUCGCCUGUGCCGAGUUCGAGGAUGUCCUACAGCUACUGCUCUCCCGCAGUCUCUGGGAUACCUACGCAUGCCACGCCGACGACUUCGUCAACGACUUCGUCUCCCUCACAUCCCUCGUGACCAAAGAGAGCCUACAGACCCUAGAAGCCAGCUACAACCAAUCCCAAGGCGUCCCCACCGGCAUCUCCUUCCCCCAGAUGCAGGCAGCCGCCUCGCGCUUCCUCGGUCGCUUCUGGGCCGGAUCAGGCUCCAGCUCCAGCUCCGUCAAGUCGCUCAACCUCACGCCCAACGCGCCCGCCACACGGGGCAGUAUCCUGCGCCGGUCCACCUCCAAGCAGAGCAUAACCUCGACUCUCAACUCAGUGGAGUCGUCGUCCGACGCCAGCACAGCCCCAACGGAACUCUCCCCAGAGCCAUCCAAGCCACGCGCCAAGUCCGCCAUGAACCCGCCCAACCACAAAGACCGCGACCUGCACACGCAAAUCGAGGACCUCCUCAUGGCCCUCGGCGACCUCCAGCGCCAGCACACAGACCUCACGCGCCAGCUCCAGCAAGAGCGCGAAGAGCGCGAAGAAGACCAAGCCCUGGCCCAAUCCAUGCUGCAACACGUCAAACAAACAGCCGACGACUCCACAACCGAGCUCGUCCGCAAAGCUGACGAGCGCUUCGCCGCGCGCAAACAAUCCGAACCAUCCGACCCCCCGCCCCACGGCUCCUCCGCCCUCGACACAAAGCACCAGCUGCGCGACGACCUCGCCCGCUGGAAGGAAAUGCACGCCGUCGAAGCAGAGCGCUGCCUCGGCCUCACGCGCCGCAUCGACGACCACGAGCGCGAGACUGCCUCCCUGCGCGAAGAGCUCCGCGAAGCCCGCGGCCGCAUCCAAGACGGAUACCGCGAUCGCCAGCGCCUCGAGCGCACCGUGCGCGACCUGCGCAAUAUGAAGAUGUCUACCUCGCGGGGAGACACCCCGCCCGACGUGCUCCAGUCGCCUAUCAGCCCCACUUCCCCUAGCGACGGCAGCAAAUCCGGUCUGCGCGAGCUGAAACUCGUGCGCAGCAACUCGCAGAGUCAGAAGCGGACUUCGCUCGCUACUAAGCGCAGUAGUACCGGUGCGCGCAGCAGCAUGGGCGCUGUGCUGGCUGAGUCCACUGCUACCAACAAUAACCGACCCCCCGCCGAGGAGGCCCUCCUCAUGGAGCUCGUUACUGCGAAAACAGCAGAAGCCGUCGCCAAGCAGGAGCUGGAAGAAGUCAAGGCGAAGAUGGAGGGUCUGCGCCGGAUGGUCGGCGGCGCUGCCGCGGGGGGUCUCCUGCAGCAGCAGCAGCCGGCUACGCGGCCGGCGCUGUCCCGGAGCGGGACGACCAUCGAGCGGUCGCAUAAUCGGCGCAGUAUGAAGUCUGCUGAGGGGGGUGGAUUCUUUGGGUGGGGGCGAAGGGCGGUGUCUGCUCAGGAGGAGCCUGUGGCUAACUAA